AUGGGCGAUGAGGAAUCAGAUGAAGAUUCCAUUGUUAGUUCGCCAUAUACACCAUCUCAAAAGUCAUCCGGUAGUGAAGUUAAUAGUGCUAAAGAGCAAAAAAGAAUGGUAUUGAACAAAUUUCCCCAGUUGAGUGGAAUUGAAUCGAAGGUACGGAUAACACGUUCAUAUAGAAAUCAAAAUAUCGAUCAAAAUAAUGUAGUAUUAGAUGGAAAGUUUUUACCUGUUAUGAAUGGUGUUACCGAAACAUAUCAUAAUGCCGAAAACUGGUCAACGCGUCGGCAAAUACUCUCAGUUGUUGCACCAAAAAUAGCGUUCAAACUGAUUCAAUCAUUCUUACCAGGUUUAACAUUAUACCGGUUUACAUCUGCAAGAAUGUAUGGAUUACGAUUUCAUGCGGGUGCAUUAAUCGAAAGUUCAUCGAACGUUAUUCAUCGUUUUGAUGAUGAGCAAGUUUCUCACUUCAUCGAUUUCAUUGUUAGUGAACAUGUAUGUACUGAUAUGCCAUUUGGCGAAAAAAUACUCAAAUUAUCAAACGGAACCGAACUGUAUGUACCGGAGACGAUUCGUAACAUGAUACCGUCGCGAAUUGUUGAACAAUAUUAUCAAUAUUGCUGUGAAUUAUUUCCUGGUUUUCAAACAUUAGGCCCGUCUAGUUUGUAUAAGCUAUUGAAUGUAUGCCAGGCGUCCACAAGAAAAUCACUACAAGGUUUGAACUACUUCGCGGCUGACGGAAGUGAGGCAUUUGAUUCUCUAAUCAGAACAAUUCAAGAAUUGACCGUCAGUAUCGAUGAACAACAACGUUUAAUUAAAAAUUUUAAACGAGACAGACAGUAUUUGAAAUCCGACUUUAAAGUUCAUGUGUCCAAAUCAUCUACGAUAGGCGAUCAUUGUGUAACAUAUGCUGUAAGUGAUAAAAGUACAAAAGAAUUUCGUCAACUAUGCGAUCAUAAACACGAUGAUAUAUGCAUUGAUUGUGCAAACUUAUCGAACACAUUGGUGAAUAUUGAACAAAUACUCAAAGACAAGAGGGGGCAGAAUGACUUAGAACGUGCUUUAUACAAGUUUAGAACGUGUUAUGAAGCUAUUCAUGCUUGGAAAUCCCACCAGAUACGUAGUGUUAAUCAGAAUUCCUGUCGUGAGCAAAUAAUUGAAGAAUUAGCUGCUGAUGAUGUAUUUAUUAAUUUAGAUCAGGAAGGACAGAAAUCUGAUGGUGAAACCGGUGAUACAUUAAAUGAUAAUACAGCUGAGGGAAUUUCAAAUAAUUUUUCUCAAUAUCAACAUACAGUAUUUGUUCAUGCUUUUGAUCAAUGUACGCAAGAUGCCGAAACAGUUAGGGCGAUUAUUCAGGAUGUAUUACAAAAGAUAAAAGUCACUGAUUCUCAUGUUAAACAGGCAUAUAUCAGAAGCGACAACGCCGGAUGUUAUCAUUCAGCCGAAACAAUAUUAUCUAUUCCUCAAAUAUCAAAAAACACCGGUAUUACAAUUCUCGAUUUUUCCGAUCCUCAAGGCUGUAAAGCCGCUUGCGAUCCUGAACAAUUUGUGAAUGCGAGUCGAUCGUAUGGUGGAGUCAAGAAUGUCAGUGUAGUCGAAUGUCGUUUAUCACCUCUCGAUGAAAAGAUCAAAUUUAAAUUACCGGGUAUUACAUCGUUCAAUAAUUUUGAAUUCGAUGCAUCUAGUAUUCGUGUACACCGUGCUUGGCAAAUCGGAGAUGGUGAAAAAUUAUUAAAGAAAGACCUCCUUGGGCAAACGCCAAAAAUUAGUAUAGUGGAUUGUGUUAAGUCGCCCUAUUGUAACGACUGGUCAAAUUCGAAAGAAACAACAAGACUAGAAGCCUCGAAAGAAGAAAUAGAGAAUGCUAACGAUAAACCGUCGAAUACCAUCGUAUAUGAAUGUAACCAAGAAGGAUGUACACAAGCUUUUAUUCGAUAUCAAAAUUUUAUUAAUCGGGAAACAUGGUAUAAAGGCGGAAAAAUUGAAUUUAACUGA